UAUUUAAGCCUGUGCAUUAUCCAAUAAAGGCCUCAGAAACUAGUUACGUGUGCUAAGAGUGUGCCUCUCAAAUACAUUACUGAUCACAAUCUGAUCACAGACACCUUGUGCAACACAGAUCACAACCUGGACAUACAUAAAAAUAAAGUUUUUAUUGUGUGUAAUAAAACAAAAAUAAGUGAAUCAAAGACAAAAUUAAACAGCUACAAAAAAAGAACGUGGAGACCAUUAAAAAAUUGCAGUUUGGAUUUUAUUGUAUAUUCUACACAGCAGGUCAAGAAACAGGAGGAAAAUAUCUUUUAUUCACCCUGAAAAUAAUUAUGUAAACUGACUACAGAAAAUUCUACAAAAAGUUGUGCUUUAUACAAGAACUUGUACAAAAUGGCUGACUUUACUUCCCAAAGCUUCACUGACAAUAUGUCGUGGACUUUAGUUAACUCUAGUUUAGAAAAUUUUACCCAAAGUAUGGAUAACUUUACCAAUAUAACCACAACCAUGGCACCAGCGCCUGAAACAAGUCAUUUGAUUGUACGUGACUUAAUUUACAAUCAUCUUGGACCGUUUGUGUGUAUUUUUGGUAUGCUUACAAACGUCAUUAAUUUGGUGGUUUUGACACAAAAUCAGCUACCAGAGUCACCAUACACAUCUCUGACAGGUCUUGCAUGUACUGACUUCAGCGCGCUGAUGCUUUCAUUUAUUUACAUGGAGUUUUCUAAAGACACAUACACUUACGAAUGGCGUAUCUUUGAUGCGUAUGUAUUUAUAGGUCUAGUGAAUGUCUGUACAACGUCCAGCGUCUGGAUAACUGUACAAUUAACAGUUGAACGGUUCCUGUUUGUACGUCAUCCCCUUUGGGCAAAAGAUACGUGCGAUCGGGCGAGCGCUAAAGUGAAGGUUCUGAUGACAGUUGCCGCUGCAGCUGUGUUCAACAUCCCAAGAUUUCUUGUUUUCAAACCGAAAAUGUUACCAAAUGGAUUAUGGAUACUAGACUCGACUGAAUUCCGGCGUGGGACGGUGUUCUACGUCAUCAACUGGGUAUACAGUGUGUGUAUACACUUCCUGCCGCUGGUAGUUCUAAGUGCUGCGAACAUCUACUUGGUAUAUGCUGUUCACCAAGCUGGACAACAGCGUCAGAAGCUACACAUUCGGAACAAUCGGGAAGCAGCCUGGCAAAGAGAACAACGUCGACUUACAAUUACACUGAUCAGUAUCGUUUUCCUGUUUAUCGUCUGCAUAAUUCCAUCAGCGUUUUCAGAUUUCCCGAUUGCCUUUGCCCUGUUUGGUCGAGACAAGACAGAACUACAGUUCAAAACUUCAUCAUUCUAUUUUAGUCUUCAAUACAUAGCAAACUUUCUUGUGUGGGUAGAGCUCUCACUUAACUUUGUGCUUUACUGUGCAUUCAAUGAAAAAUUUAGACGAGUGAUGAAAUUCACUGCAACUCGCUGUAUAAAAAAACUCAAUGUUCCUUUCUGCCGUAAAAAUGGAAACAUUCUUUUGCAUGUGAAUUUCAAAUCUGGACAAAGCAGCACGCGGAACAGCGUUCUGCACACAAAUAGCCUAUCUAUGAACACAAAAGGGUCGUCAGUCCACCAUGAGGGACAACCUCUACAGAAGCACAUAGAAACUGGCGAGAAAAAGGAUGCAGUCCCAAAUGGGGAAACUCCUCUUUUAAAUCAAAACGUGUAAAACUUUAAUCUUUAAAACACAGACACAUUAAUUUGUGCUAAAAACAUUUGUUGAAACAUAAAAUGAAAAGUGCUAUUUAAAGGGCCAACUUACUGAACAUUGGGGAAGACUUAUUUACUGGAGACACUGUGAUUUGAAGUGAAAUUGUGAAAAUUGUCUACAGCAACAGUAGCUUAUGGACAAAGACAUUGUUGAGAAGAAAAUUCAAGAAAACCCAGGAAACAAAAUGUAAUGAAAAGGGACUUUUUCACAUGACGUGGUUCAUAUGAACAUACAAGGAAAAGUUGUGCAGUACGCUGACCUUUCCCAUAUGUCCUUCUAGCAGACAGACUGCAGAAACAAGUGCUGGAAAUGAAAAUUAUCAAACUAAGUGUAACCUUAACCCCAGUUUUCAUCAAAUACAGUUGAAACUUGAUAUCUCAAUAUCUCAUACUCGCUUAUCUCAAAAUUCCAGCUAUCUCAGAAUUAUAAAUGAGCCGUGCCAUGAGAAAACCAACAUAGUGGCUUUGCGACCAGCAUAAAUCCAGACCAGCCUGCGCAUCCGCGCAGCCUGGUCAGUAUCCAUGCUGUUCGCUAACAGUUUCUCUAAUUGCAAUAGACUUUGAAAGCGAACAGCAUGGAUCCUGACCAGACUGUGUGGAUGUGCAGGCUGGUCUGGAUCCAUGCUGGUCGCAAAGCCACUAUGUUCGUUUUCUCAUGGCACGGCUCAAAUAUUGUCAACAAAGAAAGACAUAUUUUGACAAGACUAUGUUGAUUUUUUAACUUAAAAUGGCUAUCUAGAAGGCCAUUUCAAGUCCUGCCCCAAAAGCACAAUGGCAUGCAUCAAACAUCAUUUUUAAGUCAAAAUUUGGUAACUUGAAAUUUGAGAUAUCAAGUUUAAACUGUACCAUGUUAAUCCAAUAUCCCAUGAAUUUAUAUAAACUGUGUACAAUUAUCUAGCUGAAUUAUUAUGUUUGUUACCAGUUGUUGUUAUUAUGAUAGUUUCUUUAUAACUCCUGUCAUACAACAAAUUGAAAAAAAUAGGGCAUUUUUUCACAUCAAAUCUUAAAGGGGAAUACCAACCAAAUUACUUUAUUUUUUCUUAAUUUGAGAAAUUUCUUUAGUGUAAUGUACUAUAAAACAAACAAGUGGAUGAAGUCUAAGAAGUUAUAUGCAUAUGAAAUACACAUUUUGUAAAAUACAAGAAAACUCCUUAUGUUCUGGCGGGAGUGGAAUAGAGGGCAAGGGAAAAUUUUAGUAAGGCACAGACUGUGAGUUGUACACAGAAUCUGUAGAGGGUUUUUACCAUAUUAUUCAUAGUCCAUUGCCAUAAACAUUGUGUAAAUAAGAAUUAACAUGGAAAAGCUGUGCAAGAAUGCAUAGAUAUCAUACUUAUUUUUCAAUAAAUGCUAUGCUUAGCAAAUGAGGCAGAGAGUAUGUAUGUCACAAAGGGCCUUCUAUGUGUUCUGACAAAAAGAACAGCACCAAUCCUUAGCAUUAUUACCUCAACAAGGCAUCAUGGGAAAGGAGACAACCAAGAACAGCCAUUUAAGGGCAAUAGGUGAAUCAAAAUUUUAUGGAAUUAUCAUCUUUUUGCAUGAUUAUUAUCAUAAGGUAUUAAAUGAAAAAUCAAUUGUUUCCUGUUGGGUAUUUUUGCUGACACUGGUAGUUUUUACCACUUUUUGUUAUUUUAAGUCUCUUUCUGUGAUAUUUUUCACUUUCUAGUUUAAGAUGAAUCAGCAAGAAGCUUAUCAGAACAUUAUUACGGUAUAUUAAGAUAUAAUGUUAUCGUAAACAAAACUAAAGUAGCAUAUAUUAACAGAAAUUCAUUUAAAAUAUUUCAAACAACACCAAAUCACAGAAAGCAAAUUUGUUUUACAUCAAAACUGGAGCAAAAUUAUAAUAUCUGCAUAAUGUAUAUUUCCCUACAAAACAACUGUCAAUUGACUGAUCACCAUUAUGUACUGGACUCCAGAAAAGGACACAAAAAGGGGCCAUACAUCUGGACAAUGCAGCCCCUCUUAAAGCUCACCACUUUCAAAGAAAUGUUACAUAUAUGUAUAUUCCUUCUGAUGCAUUUACAAUAAUGUCCUAGUGCUGAAAUUUCACUUGACUAUGUAUAACAUAAGUUUAGUUUUCAGCAGUUGUUUAUUCUUAUUUCUUUACAAAAGAAAUUAUUUUUUAAAGGGGGACAACAAGUAAUAACAGGUAGAUUGCUGGUAAAGAUGUUGUUCCUUUGUUGUUUGGUGAUAGAUCAGUUUGAAUAGAACAGGAAUGCUGAUCAAAAUUUCUACUAGCACAGAUGCAACACAAUAUGAAAGUGAUAAGUACAGAUUUCAUACUUAUAUUUAAAAUCUACUGCCUACUGCCAGUUAAGUGAAAUAAUUUGUAAACACAACUGUCCUCAUUUUAUAUUGUCUUUUGCCCUCGUAAAUAUGCCACAUUUCAAUAUCAGUCAUUGUCAAGCCAACCUGUAAUUAUAUUUUAGAAAUGCUAAUGAACUGAAUUAAUGAAUUGACAAGAAUACAAAUCUAAAUUUUCUCCCCCACAUUAACAAAUAUAUCAAUUUCUGUGGCAGCUGUAUAAAAUAAAUGUCAUAAAGUUAAUAUGAUUAUUACUCUACAUUCAAUUUCAAACAAUGAAUAAAGACAUUAAUUGAGUUAAAUUAUUUCUCUUUAUUCAAUAUCGAAGUAAGUCUGAUUAUUUCUUUGAAUUCAAAUUCCAACAAUGCAUAAAGGCAUUAAAUGAGUCUUCUUAUUUCUUUAAAUUCAAAUCAAAAUAGAUUGAACAAGUGAAUGAAGUAUUGCCAUGCAAUACAAAGUCCCCUACUGGAAGGCACCUAAUUUUUUCUACUGCAGUAUAACAUAAUGAACUGAUAUCUGUCAAUGAUGUAUGAACAAUAUUGUACUACAUAUACAAUAUGUUAUAACAUUAUAACAACACACUUGGAUUAAAAUGUGCAUAUAUAAAAACCCACAGUUGUUUUCAUAUUGAAUUUUUUUGGCUGAUUAUAAAAAUGUUAUCAUGUAAGUUAUUUAUAGUAACAACAAAGGGAAAUUAAUCUUUAAAAAAAAAAAAAAAAAAAAAAAAAAAAAAAAAAAAAAAAAAAAAAUUAAUAAUAAU